AUGCUAUUGAGUGACCUGGUCUUCAUAAUUCUUUUCCUUAUUCAGACUGGGGUUGGGUUUCUGGAAAACUCAAUACUGUUCAUACUUUAUGCCAGAGUCUUCAGUUCCCAGGCCCAUCACAAGAAGUCCACUGACCUGAUCCUUGCCCAUCUGACCAUGGCCAACAUGGUGACACUUCUCACACAGGUGGCCCCAGGGAUGGUUCUGGCCAUCAAUUGGGAUUAUUCUCUGGGAGUGGUGGGGUGCCAGAUUGUCUUGUACAUCAGGAGAGUGUCCCGGGGCCUUUCCAUCUGCACCACAUGUCUCCUGAGCGUGUUUCAGGCUAUCACCAUCAGUCCCAGCACCUCCCUGUGGGCCCAAUUCAAACGCAGCCUCCCCAAGUAUAUCCUCCCUGCCUUUCUCUUUUUCUGGAUCCUCAACCUCAACGUAGAAAUGAACAUACUAAAAUCUAUUGAAAACAGCAAAAAUGUCACUCUCACCAUCCAUAUUCACAGCAGAAAAUGUUGUAUUAGCAUGGUCCAGGGGAAUUAUUUAAAUAAUGUGGCUUUUCUAACAGUCAAGACGCUCCGAGAUGUCAUCUUUGUGUUCCUCAUGAGCUGGUCCAGUGGCUACAUGGUGCUUGUGCUCUACCGACACCGUAAACAAGUCCAGCACAUCCACAGCACCAGCAUCUCCUCCAAGUCCGUUGCAGAGACCAGAGCCACCCAGACCAUCCUGCUCCUCGUCACCUGCUUUGUUUCCUUUUAUUGCAUUAACAGCGGCCUUACUUUGGCUUUAAAUUUUAUUAAGGAGGAUGACUUGAGGUUUUAUGAUCCUGUAUUAUUUCUGGGUUCCUGUUACUCUUUCUUUGGACCACUGAUGCUCAUCAGUAAUGAUCCCCGGGUACCCAAACUCCAAUGUCCUAUAGGAAGAGGGAGAUCCCGCUCCAUAUAG